CCCUGAGCCCCACCGCCCGCGAGCCCCGCCGAGGUCCGGACAGGCCGAGAUGACGCCGAGCCCCGCGUUGCUGCUGCUGCUGCUGCUGCCGCCGCUGUUGCUGGGGGCCCUCCCGCCGGCCGCCGCCGCCCGAGGCCCCCCGAGGAUGGCGGACAAGGUGGUCCCUCGGCAGGUGGCCCGGCUGGGCCGCACCAUUCGGCUGCAGUGCCCCGUGGAGGGGGACCCGCCGCCGCUGACCAUGUGGACUAAGGACGGCCGCACGAUCCACGGCGGCUGGAGCCGGUUCCGCGUGCUGCCCCAGGGGCUGCGGGUGAAGGAGGUGGAGCGGGAGGACGCGGGGGCCUACGUGUGCAAGGCCACCAACGGCUUCGGCAGCCUCAGCGUCAACUACACCCUCAUCGUGACGGAGGACACCAGCCCAGCCAGGGAGAGCCCGGGGCACGAGGGCCCCUCCGGGGGCCAGGAGGAGCCGGCCAGCAAGCAGUGGGCACGGCCCCGCUUCACGCAGCCCUCCAAGAUGCGGCGCCGGGUGAUCGCGCGGCCUGUGGGCAGCUCCGUGCGGCUCAAGUGCGUGGCCAGCGGGCACCCGCGGCCCGACAUCAUGUGGAUGAAGGACGACCAGGCCUUGACGCGCCCGGAGGCCAGCGAGCACAGGAAGAGGUGGACGCUGAGCCUGAAGAACCUGCGCCCCGAGGACAGCGGCAAGUACACGUGCCGGGUGUCGAACCGCGCCGGCGCCAUCAACGCGACCUACAAGGUGGACGUGAUCCAGCGGACGCGCUCCAAGCCCGUGCUCACGGGCACGCACCCCGUGAACACCACGGUGGACUUCGGGGGCACGACGUCCUUCCAGUGCAAAGUGCGCAGCGACGUGAAGCCCGUGAUCCAGUGGCUGAAGCGCGUGGAGUACGGCUCCGAGGGCCGCUACAACUCCACCAUCGACGUGGGCGGCCAGAAGUUCGUGGUGCUGCCCACGGGCGACGUGUGGUCGCGGCCCGACGGCUCCUACCUCAACAAGCUGCUCGUCACGCGCGCCCGGCAGGACGACGCCGGCAUGUACAUCUGCCUGGGUGCCAACACCAUGGGCUACAGCUUCCGCAGCGCCUUCCUCACCGUGCUGCCAGAUCCCAAGCCGCCGGGGCCCCCUGUGCACCCCUCGUCUCCGGCCUCCAGCCUGCCCUGGCCCGUGGUCAUCGGCAUCCCGGCCGGCGCCGUCUUCCUCCUGGGCACCGUGCUCCUGUGGCUCUGCCAGGCCAAGAAGCAGCCGUGCGCGCCUGCCCCGGCGCCCCCGGGGCCUGCGCACCGCACGCCUGUGGCCGCUCGCGACCGAGGCGGGGACAAGGACCUGCCCGUGCCCCCCGGCCUCGGCACCGCCGCCAGCAUGGGGCUGUGUGAGGAGCUCGGGGCCCCUGCAGCCCCCCAGCACCUGCUGGGCCCGGGCUCAGCCACUGGCCCCAAGCUUUACCCCAAGCUCUACACAGACGUGCACACACACACUCACACGCACUCACACACGCACUCACACGUGGAGGGCAAGGUCCACCAGCACCAGCACAUCCACUACCAGUGCUAGGUGGUGCCGCUCUCGCGGCUCCGGGCGCCACGGGGUGCGCACCUGGUGGCCAGGCCGGGCGGGCAG